UCCUUGUCCAUGUCCACCUUGGCUCGGGUUCGUGAUAUUGUCGAACUUCCGAGUGCUUAGACGUGGAUAAGUGACGAUGUUAAAAUGAGGCAGCACCCGUAGUAAAGAUGCUGCAGAUUCCUGAUUGCGACCGACCUUAGGCCUCAUAAUACGACGAUCCCACACAUCAAAUGUCUGCGCGGACUUGGAAUAUCUUCCUCUCGUGACACUCGAACAAGCCAUUGCCGAAAAGCUAUACUAGGAGCUUCCUAGCCGGACCAUAAUCUCCAGCCAUGAGCGUUGCAACAGCCACCUCGUUGAGGGUCAUUGCUGUAUCGAUUGAUGGGUCCCUUGGCGGUCCCAUUCGAAACCCACUGCGAUCUGUUGGAGGCGCUAUGAUGGGUAGAUUCCUCGAAGACCGCCAACGAUACGACGCUAUUGCCUGUGGUGUUCCCACAAUCUUGAAGGAGAUAUCCCCAAAACAAGACAUUGAGUCAACGUUAAAGACGCUCCGUACGUUGGCACCGCAGGCGUCAGGUACCAGUGCCAAAAGGAAUGAGCAGCGAGAUGGUGGAGAUAGCGGAGUUGACGGGGGUUUUCAGCGCCCAAGCUACAGCAGAUGCGGAGGAGGGCAGAGCUAGGUUUUCUUCGGACUGGUGCUCCUGGGCACCCUUGUAAUAAUAUCUGUCAUAAAACGGUCGGUGGGUGGUUCUCAAUGAAAAUUUUGCUUCUUUUGGUCAGCC